AUGUUUAUUAUUUAAAACUUUGAAAAGAAUAUUUUUCGUAAUGAAUCUAUCAGCUUAAUAUUAUAUACAAGUUCAUAAAUCUACUCUAUCGUAAAUUUUCAAUCCAAUACCGCGUCUAACAUUCUGCUCUCGAUCUCAUAUCAUAAGCCUAUGUAAUAAGCUCUAUUCUAUGCAAUAUAAUCAGUCAUUCAGACUUCGCUAGAAAUUAUAUACAUAUAGUGUUCUGUGUUGAUCCUAGUCGGCCAGUCCCACAUAAUUUUGAAUUUCUCACUGAAUUUAAAUAUUUGUAAUAUUUAGAAAUUGAACGUUGUUUGGCUAUGAAAACAAUAAUUAUUGUUAUCAUAAGAGACUCUAUGAUUGGUGACGAUAUGUAUAAUGAUGUUUAAUUAUUAUACGAAUGUUUUAAGCUCUUCUACAUUUUCUAUGUUGGAAGGAAAACUUGACAAUCGAAUUCUUAAAUCUAUAAAUGCAUUAGGAUUUGAGAAACCUACAGAAAUUCAAGUAAAGGUUUUGCCUCACAUGUUACUUGGUGAAGAUGUUAUUGUAGCUGCCAAAACUGGUAGUGGAAAAACACUUGCUUUUUUAAUUCCAGCUAUUGAAUGUUUAUUGAAGCAUAAAUUUACUAAAUCUCUUGGUACUGGCUGCAUCAUAAUUUCUCCAACAAGGGAACUUGCAUUACAAACUUUUCAAAUACUUAGUAAAUUACUUAAUAAUAUAAAUCUGUCACAUGCCUUAAUUGUAGGAGGUAUUAAGAAAUCAAAAGAACUAUUAGCUCUUCAAAAAGGUGUGAAUAUAGUUGUUGGUACACCUGGAAGAAUAUUAGAUCAUUUAAAGAAUACCAAGGAGUUCAAUACUCAUAACUUGAAAUGCCUAAUAUUAGAUGAAGCUGACAAAUUACUUGAAGCAGGAUUUCAACAGCACAUUGCAGGCAUAAUCAAAGAUUUACCUCAAAAGAGACAAACUGGUUUAUUUAGUGCCACCAUAGAUGAUAAAGUAAAAAACUUGGCUCGUCUUGCCUUAAAGGAAAAGCCGGUGUUAGUUGCACUCACUGAUGAAAAGCAAUCUACAGUUGUGGGUCUCAAACAAGGUUACUUCAUUUGUCCAGUAGAAGAGAGGAUACCAUGGCUAUACAAAAUGUUGAAGAAGGCAAAGAAAUUAAAAGUACUAGUAUUCUUUUCAUCAUGUAAAUCUGUUGAUUUUCAUUAUGAAUUCUUUAUGUAUUGUAAAGCUCCCGUUAUAAGGAUACAUGGAAAAUUAAGUCAAUGUCAACGAAAGGAGGCUUAUCAAAGUUUUGUUGAAGCGAAAAAUGGUGUUCUUUUCUGUACUGAUGUAGCUGCAAGGGGAUUGGACAUUCCAGCCGUUGACUGGGUUGUUCAGUUUGACCCACCCACAGAUGUUAAGGAAUACAUACAUAGAGUGGGUCGUACAGCCAGAGGUCUGAAUAACACUGGAAAUGCUGUGAUCCUUCUCCGACCGGAAGAGGAAAUUUUUACCCAAUAUUUAGAAAAGAAAAAGAUUUAUUUGGAUAAAUACACAUUUGAUCCACCUCAAGAUGGUGUUAAAAAAAUGUUGGAAGACCUCAUACAAAAGAAUGGAGUGAUGAAAACGUUAGCUCGAAAGGCGUACUUAUCGUCACUCAGAUGUUACAAUAAACAUUCACUAAAUACAGUGUUUAAUAUUAAGAAAUUGGACUUGAAAUUGGCGGCGCGAGCUUUUGGAUUCCUGGAACAACCUCACGUAGACUUUCUAAACAACAGAAAGAAGAAGAAAGGAAAAUAACUAGAUUAUUCCCUUUUUUAAGUUUAAGUAAGAAACGAAUAAAAAAUAUACUAA